AUGAAUUUUUUGGUUUGGAAUGUCCGAGGCUUUUCGGACGAGUCUAAAUCUCUUCUUAAGGAGCAUUGUCGUUCGUUUUUGCCUUUACUUGUUGGCAUUAUUGAGCCAAAGAAAAGCCUUCAAAAAGUUCGCCAGAGCUAUUGGAGAUCGAUUAAUUUGGUGCCUCAUCAUCAAAAUUGUCGACAGCCUCGGAGACCGAACAUCUGGUUGCUCACUAAUCCGGAUGUUCAGACCACGAUUCUGCUCUCCUCGGAUCAAGUCAUUAUUGCUGAUUGUGUUUGGCAAACAUACUUUUUUAGAGUUGCUAUUGUGCAUGGUGCGAAUGACCACGUUUCUCGACGUGCCUUGUGGACGGAUCUUCUUUCUUUUGUUGAUGGGAACACGGUGUUUAUUGGCGACUUCAACGCCGUUAAGGGGGCCCAUGAGCGACGUAGUUUGGCGGCGCCUUUGAGAAGUUCUUGCAGCGAGUUUUGCGACUUCAUCGAGGCUUCGGAUAUGAUUGAAUCUCCUUCUUCUGGCAUUCGGUUUACAUGCGAUGAGAUGAGUAAGGGGAGACGUUUCAAAUUCUUGAAUAUGUGGACUUCUCACCCUAACUUUCUUGACCGAGUGGCGUCUUCUUGGGAUGCUGCGACUGACAUUAAUUCGGAGCAAGUCUCGUUGCUCGACGUGCAGAACAGGAUUUCUGACCAGGGUUACACGGACAUUCUUUUUGAGGAGGAGCAAAGCCACAUGAUUGAGCACUUGAAGAUUGCCGAUGUUGUCUCGUAUGAUAGGGGGAAUAUUCAGCAGCAUAUUAUUGAUUUCUUUUCAUCUCUUUUUAAAGACGAAAGUCCCAGUAAUGUGAAUUGGGAUAUGCUGGAAGGUAUUAUUGAUCAAUUUGUCUCUGAGGAUCAGAAUGGGAAGCUCACGCAUAUACCUGAUGAUGAGGAGAUUAUGGCUGCGGUUUUUAGCUUGGAUGCGAAUAGCUGGCCAGGUCCGGAUGGGUUUUCAGGGAAGUUUUUUCAGAGCUGUUGGACCAUUAUACGACUGGAUAUUCUUUCUGCGGUGCGUGCUUUCUUCCUUAAUUCUUAUCUGCCUGCAGGCUGCAAUGCUAGCAUCUUAAUUUUGAUCCCAAAAAAGGAUGUGGUGGAGACGGUGGCUGAUUUGAGACCUAUCAUUCUCUCAAAUUUCUUCUUUAAAAUUAUUUCCAAAAUCCUCGCUUCUAGAUUGGGGGAAGUGGCGGCUGUUGGGGUGUCGCCAAACCAAUUUGGGUUUAUUGGAGGUCGUUCGAUUCAUGACUGCAUCAUGCUUGGCUCUGAAGGUUUUAGCUGCAUGAAUCGCACGGGCAAACGCUCGAAUAUGGCGUGCAAAGUGGAUAUUCGCAAAGCAUUUGAUACUAUGCGCUGGGACUUUAUUCUGAACGUGCUCAGGGUUAACGGUUUCCAUGGAAAGUUCAUUGAAUGGAUUUCCAUUAUCUUCAGUUCUGCCCGGAUUUCCAUUCUUUACAACGGGCAGUUGAGUGGCUACUUCGCUUGUUCCAGGGGAGUUAGGCAGGGUGAUCCUCUCUCUCCUAUUCUUUUUGGAAUUGCUGAGGAUGUUUUGAGUCACUUAUUUCUCAUUUGUGUGAAUUCUCGUCACAUUACUUCUAUGGCUUUCAGCAGAAAGGCCUCUUUUCCUACUCAUUUGCUUUAUGCUGAUGACAUUUUGAUUUUCUGUAAGGCGUCGAUGAAAAACGCUCGCAAAAUCAAAGAAAUCUUGGAUUUCUAUGGUGAUAUUUCGGGACAAAUUUGUAACCCUGCCAAGUCUCACGUUUUCUUCGGGAGGGGCGUUUCUUCCAUGGUGAAGAAUCGUGUGAUUAGUGAGCUUGGCUUUGCGAUGGGAUCUUUGCCGGUUACCUAUUUGGGAGUUCCGAUUUUCUCUGGUCGCAUGCGUGCUUCUUACUUGAUUGGUAUUUAUGAUAAGAUUGUCAAUAAGUUUUCAAGUUGGAAGGGGCUACACUUAUCUAUGGCUGGCAGAAUUUGCUUGGUUCGUUCUGUGAUUCAAAGUUCGGUAACGCACUCUAUGAUGAUAUAUAGAUGGCCUAAAUCACUCAUCUAUAAACUGGAUAGGAAGUGCAGCAACUUUAUUUGGUCGGGACAUGUGGACAAAAAGCCUUCGUGCCCGGUGAGCUGGUCUAGGGUUUGCGCUUCUCGGUCGGAGGGUGGCCUCGGGGUUAGGUCUUUCUCGGCUAUGAAUAGAAUCUUCUUGAUGAAGAUGGCCUGGAAGCUUGUGCAAGGGCGAGACUUCGCCCCUUCGAUCAUGGCGACUCGCUACUUGUCGAAUUUUGGCUAUGCCAAGAUGUUCUUGGCUUCUUCGCCAUUCUGGACUGGCGUGAGGGAGCAUGUCAACUCCUUGGUGAUGAAUUCUUAUUCCUAUAUUGGCACUGGAGAACACAUUUAUUUCUGGCAUGACGAAUGGCUGGGUUACAAGUUGGCGGACAAGCUUCAUAUUCCGCCUUUUAUGAGAGACUUUCUGCAGCAAGCUGUGAGUGAUUACUUCUAUGAUGGUGUUUGGCAUUUCACUCCGGAUUUUAUUAUUCAGUUUCCUGAUAUUGUGGUGGAUAUUCUGUUGCUUCCAAUUGGGGAGGAGAGUGACACUCGCUUCUGGAAACCUUCUGUUAGUGGAGAGGUUUCGGCCUCUCUUGCCUAUGUUUCGCAGUCUCCGCAUUUUCCCAAAGUUCUUUGGGGAACUUGGAUUUGGGAGCGUUUUAUUCCUGACAGAAGAUCUCUUAUCACAUGGCGGAUUCUGCAUUUGAAGAUGCCGACUCUGGAUGGUCUAAUCAAAAGGGGCAUGCAUGGCCCCAACAGAUGUGUGAUGUGUGGGUUAGCUGAGGAGUCUAUUGACCACUUGUUCUGGAAUUGCAAUGUUAUUCGGCAGACUUGGGGGGUUUUCUUUGAUUGGUUUGCCAAGUCGCACAUUCUGGACUGCUUGGAUAUUCAUAGCAUGUUGGCUGCUGCAUGGAACACUGAUUUCAGUCCGUUGGUUCGGUCCUACUGGAAAGCUGGGGUCAUUAAUUUUAUUUGGAAAAUUUGGGAUUCCCGCAAUCAAGUGACUUUUAAUGACGCCAGUUUCCACCCAAAUUUGAUUCUUGGGUUCCUGAAAGUUGCGUUUAAGGAGAUGGAUUCAAAUUUCCCUAAGCUUGGGCGUUCUCAUAACUCUUGGCAGGAUUAUUUGACGUUUAGGCGAAUUGGGGUUUCGAUGCGCGCUGUUCCGCCCCCUUUGAUGAUUGAGGUUCACUGGUGGCCACCGGCAGGGCAGUGGAUAAAAGUAAAUACGAACGGUUCGGCGCUCGGGAAACCUGGAAGCAUUGCCGCGGGCGGUGUAUUCCGUGAUAACUGGGGUGCGGUUCGCGGUUGUUUUCACUUUAAAGGGGGUUCGGGGUUCGCUUUUGAAGCGGAGCUUUUCGCAAUCAUUCAUGCCGUUCGAAUUGCGAAUUCUCGUGGGUGGCACUGGCUUUGGAUUGAAGCAGACUCGUCUUAUGUUGUCCAGCUUCUGCAUUCUCGUUCUCUGAAAGUUCCUUGGCAUUUUCUACCGCUAUGGAAACAGACUUUAAAUUGGCUUUCAAAUUUUCGACUUCAGAUUUCGCAUAUUUUUAGAGAAGGAAAUAGUGUGGCGGAUAUUAUGGCUAAUCAUGCCCGGAUCGAAGGGUGGUGGCCCUUUGCUAUUGAGGAUAUUAAGAUUGCGGUGUCUUUAGAUAUGGCUACUCAUAGUCGCGUUCGUAUGAAGAAUUGA